AUGGAAGAAAACAAAGUCGUCCCGAGCGACCCUCCCCUGAGGAGAGGUGGUGUUAGGGUUCGACGUUACAAACCCCACUCUAAGCGAGGCUGCAAUACCUGCAAAGUAAGGAAAGUCAAGUGUGGGGAGGAGAAACCUUCUUGCCUACGUUGCACGAGCACGGGAAGAACUUGUGAAGGCCACUUAUAUGGAGAACCAACAACUACCGUACCCCAGUUGUUGCAAUCUCGUGGCACAAUUGUUCCUGCACCAACAAGAGAACCAACAUAUCCGCUUGCUCGGUGCCGAGGACCCAUCUUAAUUCGCAAUCCAACUACCAAAGUCUUCGAUAGUGAUCAAGAGCAUUGUUCUUUUAAGUUCUUUCGAGAUGUUUCUCGCAAUCGACUGUCUGCAGCCUUCCCGUCAAAGUUCUGGGAGAAAGUCAUCCUGCAAGCAUGUCAUCACGAGCCGGCAAUUCGACAUGCCGCUGCAGCUCUGGGUGGACUCCACAUGGUAUCCACGCAAAAGAAGAGAAGAUUGCCAUAUAUGCAGGAUGCGGAAGGCAUGUACGACACAUUCUCUGAGUUUCAGUAUACCAAAGCGCUACGAACAUUAGCUAUACCGCUGCAAGAGAAGCCUGGGGAUAUUGUUUUGAUGACAUGUCUUCUGUUUACAUAUUUUGAGGCUCUACGUGGAAACCACAAAGCAGUUAGAUUUCAUAUCAACAAUGGCAUCAAGAUUGUUGCAGAGUUAAGAGCCACAUCGAGCCCGCGACCAGACAAUCUGUUCUACGAAUUGAAGUUUACGCAUAUGCCACUUCGAGACCUUGCCCUUAUCUUCAUAAAAAAUGACGGUAUAGACAGCGAGUUGAUAACGGCCAGUACGUUCCAGGAGGAAUUCUCAGACUCCAUAGUAUCAAGCGAAAGCGACAGUCUACUUCAAUUAUAUAAUUUGGAACAAGCUCAUAGUGCAUUGAACGAGAUACGAAACACCGCUAUCAAUACUAUAAUUGGUUCAAAGACAUCUACCAUUUGUUUUCAGCCAGAGCUUUACGCGCAUUCAGCAGAGUUCUCUACCUUCAGAAAGCUUCGUCAAUACAGCAUGGCUCUUGAUCGAUUUAGUAGGGUCUACAGCGAUAAGUUAGAUCCUACUGAGCAACAAAAAGCACAUACCCUCAAACUUAAAGCUAUGCUGAUUGGUAUGGACUUGACUACCUGCCUGGGAGGAACGUUGAAAGAUGAACUGGGAACUUUGUGGUUCAAGUGGGGAUGGAAAUGUCAAGAGAUUGUAGCAUACGCCGAGGCUGCCGUUCGAUCGCCUACAUCUGAGAUAGGACCAAAGCCUAUGGGGCUUUAUGGUGGUUUUAUCUGGCCUCUGUGCUUUGCGGCUAUCAGAUAUCGAAGACGACCUCUUGGUCUUCGAGCUAUCGAGCUUCUCAGGACCUCGGAAAUGCGCGAGGGCGUUUGGAACAGUCUUCAAGCUGCGGAUCUUGUGGAGCAUCUGAUACGCCGUGAAGAAGACGGGUUGGAGGUGCUUGUAGAUGCUGUAAACGAAGAAGAUUUGGUCGCAAGGCCUUGGGAUCCUUGA